AUGGUAGGAAGCAUACUUAGCUCUCAAAGGCUGGCACAAUUAGCAGGAUUUCAUCCUAAACUUCAAAGAGCCUGGUACUUGAUAGCAGCAACCACGCUAAGUGCUUGUAAUGAACCACAAGAAAUUCCAAAACUCUACCAUUUUGCCAUGCUGAACGAUUUGCAGCCUGAUGAGAUCUCAAAGAACGCUGUGACAACUUUGGAGCUUUUACAGAAUACUCAGUCUAAACUGGAUCAGGAUAUCAACGAUAUGUACAAUGAUCCUGGGAAGUCUCAAACAACCAUAACUCAGAAACUGAGAGAAGCUCUUUUAAAAAGCGGUGCGCUCACUGGGAUCCCCAAAUCCAUAAAUUCACUCCAGGCAUUGAAGUUGGUGACACCGAAUAAACUGAGACCUUUAACCCAGAACAUUGAUGCACACAGUUGUAACUUAAUUGAAGGCUCGGUGCGGCCUGUUAACGUUGCACCAGAACAAGUUGUGCAAAACGGCAUUGGCCAUUGGAACAAGAUCUACAGUAAAGUUUCCAACAAAGUGGUUAACAAUUUGAACUCAUCGUAUCCAGAUCUUUGGCAAUUUGUGCUAUGCAACGUCUAUGGGCCACUAUUGUCAUUUGAUGACAUUCUGGACGCUCAAGAAACUAGUUUGGUGAUAAUCGCCGCUCUGGUUCCCCAAGACAUGAAUGCGCAGCUAUGGGGACAUAUGAAAGGGGCUCUCAAUGUAGGCUGUGAUCAAGAAACGGUUGUUGCGGCAAGAAAUAUGAGCAUUCAAAUCUCAAAAUGGUGCGGAAUGCGCUGGAAAUCGGAUAUCGUUAAGCUUUGA